CCUAAUUAUUGUUGCGGAAGAUUAAACAAGCAAUCCUCACUAUGAAGUCUCAAGUGCAUUUCCAACUUCAAAGUGCACAAACAGUCAAACACCUAAUCGGCUAAUCGCUUAUUAUCGCUCCUCUAUAAAUCUAUAUGUACACGAAAAAAGAUAUUUGUGACAAACAAUUAAGAUGAAAAGAGAAAGUAAUAAAGAGGGAAGAACUCGGCAAACAACUGGUAAUUCGUAAGUUCGUUACAAUUCUAGAACAAGCGUUCACAGGGGAAGAAACAGUGAACCCAAAUUCCAAAUUCUUCCAACAACAUCAGAAUCUCCCAAUUUGUCGACUUUUGAACUAGGUUUGAUUUUCUCUCUCCUAAAACCCAAUUUCAUUUCAGUCUCAAAUUCGCAGUUUAUUUGCAAUGCGCUUAAAAAUCUUGAGCUGGGAACUCAUUUGAUUCUGCUACUGUAUCGAUUAAUCAACGCAUUUAUUUAUAUUUCCUGAUAAACUUUCAUUAUUUUCAAAUUUAUCCCUUUUUUUAAAAAAUUAUAAUCACGAAAGAUGGUGCAUAACAACAUAAAACAGCUGAUUUUUCUGCAAUAAAUUCUAGGAUUUGUGGUUGUUACAUUAAAAAUUACUGGAAAAUUGCGUAAAACAUUUGUUUGUAGGCUGGUAAAUUUAUAUAUUUUUUUUUUGAGAAAGUCGUUUUCUUUCCUUUUUUGGUGUAUAAAAUUUUCUGGGCUUUGUAUUUGAGCUGCUUAAUAAUAUCUAUAUGUUUGUAUUUUUGGUGGCUAAUUGAUAGUGAAAUUUAUUGAUAGUUUCUGUGAAGUAGAUAAUAAACUAUAUGAGGAACUUGCAGAUGUAUUUGUCAAAAAAAAAAAAAAAAAAAAACUUGCAGAUGUAAAUUCUAGUAUUAAAUUGUCUUUGAUGCGCGAUUUUGGACGAAUUUAAUAAUUAUUUCACAAAACAUUACAGGAAUUAUAUGUUUUGUUGAUUCUGUUGCUAAAGACUAAAGAGUAGCUCUUUAUAGUUUUUAAUGAGAAUGAAUUACAGGAUUAAAAUUUCACACUGAGUGACUACAGAUAUUUGAUUGAUUUCACUAUUAGUAAAGAGGAAAAGAUGUUUUUGGGGCGUACCCACGGUCUUCCGGUGUAUAGCUCACUGAAUGAUGUGUUGUAUCCGGACCACGAAUCAGAAGUUGAUGAGGAUGGAGGAGGAGGUAGCUCUAGCCAGAUUUUAUAUAUGGCUUCCUUUGAUGAACUUGCAAAGAAUUACAUUAACUAUGAAACUAUCAUAUGGCUUUCAAUUUCGUUACUGUUGGUUUUAGCUUGGGGAGUUGGGGCUAUUAUGUUGUUGUUUUUGCCCAUUAGAAGAUAUGUGCUUCAGAAGGAUAUUUCUUCCCGAAAGCUGUAUGUUACGCCAGCUGAAGUUGUCUACAAGGCAUCUAGACCAUCGUAUAUACCCUGUUGGAGAAUGGCGACAACGGAGACACGAGUUCCUUUGUCCUUGGUGAUUGAUAUAAUUAUAGAACAAGGUUGCUUACAAUCUGUGUUUGGUAUACACACCUUCAGAGUGGAGAGUAUAUCUCGUGGUAAGUCUGCUCCUGUGGAUGAACUGCAGAUUCAAGGGAUAUCAAAUCCAGGACUUUUGCGGAAGGUAAUUAUAACAGAAGCUUCAAAGGUUAUUCGAGAUGCUGGAAAGAAGAUGAACCUUAUGUCAUCUUUGAAUCAGAGACUUGCUUCUUCAAGACCACCAUCCAAGAAGUGGAAGGCUGAAAAUUCUUCAUUUCCUGUGCCUACCGAGUACAGAGGAAUGGUUUCUGAAGAGCUGUUUCUGAGUAAACUGGACGAAGUGGAUCAAUCUGUUAAGAAAAUUGAGUUUCUUAUCGAUAAAUCCCGAAUCUCACCGAAGUUAGCUGAAAGAUAUGAAGAUGUGGCUCCAAGUUUGUAAGUUUUCCUCGUCCAUGUUCGGCCAACUUAAGUUAACAAGGGUUAAAUGUUGAGGUGUAACCAAUCUUCCGUGCAUAUUAAUGUUGAAGAUCAUUCUUGCAGCCUACAGGAUGUCAGAUAGAUAGUUAGAUACAUCUUGUUUCUGUACAGUGUAUAUACUUAUAUAAUUGUGGCUUUAUGUAGGUUUUUCAAUUCCUUGUAAACCUUUGUAUUCCUUUGUGGUAAUGCUUAUCAAUCUUUGUUGCCUCUUAAAUUGUAAUAGCAUGUUUCGAGAUUACACCACGAGGCAUAGAUGAGCCUCAUUUUGUUUUCUGGUUACAUCACGAGGCAUAGAUGAGCCAAGUGAGUGAUUAAUUUGUAAGCUCUUGUAUGUUGUAUCCGCAAUUGUCUAUCAACAAGCAUAAUGAUACUUUGUCA